UCCUUUCUUCCAAUUCUUCCCCACACAACUCAAAAAAAACAAAACUUUCAGCCACCCCAAUUGAAUAUUUUCCCCCUUAAUUCUUCUCAUAUCAAGAUCCAAAAUGGCUCUAAAGAAAUCAAGCAAACACUUUACUCAAACUGCAGCUUUCAAACAAAUUAUGAAAAGGUGUUCAAGCCUCGGAAAGAAUGAGAAUGGAUACCCUCAAGAUGUCCCAAAAGGCCACUUUGUUGUAUAUGUAGGUGAAAAUAGAAGCAGAUACAUAAUUCCCAUUUCUUGGUUGACACAUCCUGAAUUUCAGAGUUUGCUUCAAAGGGCCGAAGAAGAAUUUGGAUUCAAUCAUUAUAUGGGACUUACUAUCCCUUGUGAUGAAGAGGAUUUUUGCUCCCUAAUAUCAAUGCUCAGAUAAAAAAUGUAUGGACUUGAGUUGAUGAUCUUUUUCUUAUAUAUUUUUUUACUUGAAAAUUAUCAGUGAGCCACUACUGAAGAGAUGAAAAGCAAGACUGCAUACAGAAGACCUAAUGUUAUUUAACUCUUCUCUGAAGUCCGGAUCACGUGCACAACAGGAACUUAGUGUGCCAAGCCGUCCUUCAUUAGUCAGACACAAUGGUAUCAAGUGAAUAUUAAAUUCAACUAAGAAAGAAACCCCAUCUAACUCUUUAGGGGGUGAGUUUGUACAAUCACAUGUACUUAAUAUUUUGAUCAGCGGUGUUAAAUUUGCACCUGAUAAAUUUCUAUGUGAUGUUUAAGAAUUAAUGACAAGAUGAAAAUUAAUUCCUUCUUUCUUCA